AUGCUUCCGAGACUCCUGACAAAACAAACCAUUAAAGAUGUGUCUAAAUUCAAAAUAUGUUCGAGACAACUCGGAACAGCCGGCUUAAGACCCAGCACUAGAUGUCUUGCCAGAAGCUACAUCGGCUGUAAUGAAAGGCCUCUUUUCAGGGUUCAGCCAGUUCGUGAAUUUUCAGCAUCGCAAGUUGGUCUAAAAUCAACUGAAAUACCAUUUGACAAACUGGACGAAGAUCAAAGAGAAGUAUUGACCGAAGAACGUGCCAUUGACAAAGUUGACGUCUGUAUUGUGGGUGGUGGUCCAGCAGGGCUUGCAACAGCGAUAAAAUUGAAACAACUGGACAGCACUUAUGGAUCUGGUGAACUUCGAGUCGUUGUGUUGGAGAAAUCGCCUGAUAUGGGCUCACAUAUGGUUUCUGGUGUCAUCAUGGAGCCAAGGGCACUAAGAGAGCUAUUUCCGGAAAGCGAGUAUUACGACGAAAAUGGGAAAGGUAUUCCUCUGCCACCCGAUCUGGUUACACCUGUCACUUCCGGAGAACUGAAGUAUCUCAUUGGCGACUUCGACGUGCCAGUUCCAGAACCACCGCAAAUGUCAAACGAAGGCAACUAUAUGGGUUCCUUGAGCCAGAUAGUAAGACAUCUUUCUGAGAAGGCUGAAGAAUUAGGAGUUGAAAUCUUUCCUGGAAUCUCAGUCUCUGAAGUCAUUUACGGCGAAGAUGGUAAUUCUGUCGUUGGUGUAGCUACAAAAGAUAUGGGUAUCACUAAACAAGGAACGCCUAAGUCAUCCUUCGAAAGAGGUAUGGAAUUUCAUGCAAGACAAACGGUUUUCGCGGAAGGGUGCCACGGCUCCCUCUCAAAACAGCUCAUCAAGAAAUUUAACUUGAGGAAAGACAAGUGUGCCCAGACUUACGGAUUAGGUGUGAAAGAAGUUUGGGAAGUCAAACCAGAGAACUUCAAGAAGGGGUUCGCUACCCACACCAUGGGAUACCCACUUUCUAAUGAUGUUUAUGGUGGUGGCUUCAUGUAUCACUUUGGAGAGGGGCUAGUUGCUGUUGGUUUGGUUGUUGGCCUAGACUAUAGAAACCCUUAUGUGUCGCCCUACCAGGAAUUUCAAAAAAUGAAGCAUCACCCUUACUACAAAAACGUUCUCUCCGGUGGAAAAUGCUUGGAAUACGGAGCCCGUGCUUUGAAUGAGGGUGGUCUGCAAUCUGUUCCCAAAUUAAACUUUCCUGGUGGUCUUUUGGUCGGAGCUAGUGCUGGCUUUAUGAACGUCCCUAAGAUCAAAGGAACCCAUACUGCAAUGAAGACUGGUAUGCUUGCCGCAGAGGCCAUGUUCGAAGUCAUCUCGAAACUACCGCCAAUUGAAAGCUUAGAAGAAGAGGAUAGCGAAGCUUUGGUGGCCUCACCUAUUAAUCUCGAAUCCUAUGACAAAAACUUCAAAAACUCAUGGGUAUUUGAAGAGCUUUACGCAGUCCGUAACAUCAGGCCUUCGUUCAACCACCCAGUACUCGGCCGCUUGGGAGGUAUGGCAUACUCUGGGCUAGACUCUAUGCUUCUCAACGGACAAGUUGCAUGGACUUUCAAGCAUCACGAAUCGGACGCCGCAGUCACUGAUGCCGCUGAAAAAUACGAACCCAUUGACUAUCCAAAACCUGACGGGGAAAUCUCUUUUGAUAUCCUGACUUCUGUUUCCCGUACAGGUACUUACCAUGAUGAGGAUGAGCGCUGUCACUUGAGGGUUCCUGAUCAAGACCUUGAUGAGCACGCCAAUCGCGCUUAUCCAAAAUGGAAAGGAAUUGAAAAUCGGUUUUGUCCUGCUGGCGUUUAUGAAUACAUCCCUGACGAAAGUUCCAAAUUGGGCGUGAAGUUCCAAAUCAACAGCCAAAACUGUAUUCAUUGUAAAACUUGCGACAUCAAGGACCCUACGCAGGAUAUCAAUUGGGAAGUACCAGAGGGUGGGGAUGGACCAAAAUACACUCUUACAUAG